AUGCGCGAGCGGACUUGUGGGCGGGUCGCUCAAGCGCAUUGCGCAUACACAGAGGGCUCAGUGGCCUUGCGAUUUGAAGUCCUGCCGGUCACUGGGCACUCGUGACGAGAUUAUUACAGUAAUACAGGCUAUUCAUACACAAAGGGGUAGAAUGAAUAAAAAGCCCCAGGAAUCCAAUUUCUGAAAACAUAAAAAUGAUUACAUAAAUAAAAUAACAUUAAAAACUUGAUUAAGAGAAAUAUAUGCAUGUACUCAUAUAAUAUAAGAUACAUGCAUAUUUACCAAAAAGAUGAUAACAUAUAAAUACAGAGAAGGUUGAAAAAUGAGAAGAUAAAAUAUUAAAAUACAUAAUAAAACAGACAUUUUUAUAAAAAAUUGUGCAGAUCAAAGUCUGCAUUAAGCCCAUUUGGUAUAAGGGUCUGUAACUUGUAGACCCAUUCCAUCUCUGUUUUACCUAAAAUAUUUUUUAUGUCUCCACCUCCUCUCCAGGGUAGGGAACAUUUUUUAUACCCAUAUAUUUUAGCAUUUUUGGAUCUUUAUUAUAAAUUAAAAAGUGUUUAGAUAAAGAAUGAUUUAAGUAUCCAUUUUUUAUGUUCCUACAAUGCUCACUAAGUCUAAUUUUAAGACUUAUCACAGCUAUAUCACCUCUAUAACCUCUAUAGCGCGCUUUGAGGUCAGGUGUCCCUGGUCACCUUCCCGCAGUAAGUAGUCAAUCCCACAGAUCAGUCUUCCCUUCUGUUAUAACUAAUGUAGAAUUUCUACAACCACCUUAGUGAUGUCCGUUCUGCCUAUGUGCUGAGGGAAUGAAUUGAAACCAUUUCCAAUUGUGUCACAACAGGGAAAAAAGUUCUUCUUGAUUCCAAGGGGCACAUGGCUAUCUCCUUGGUUCAACACACUGUUGCCACGUGCAUUAAAUAGUCACCAGAACCACAACAGCUUAAUGUAGUAGUUCUGGUGUCUAGAGCAUGUUCCUCCAGUAUUAGCACUGUAAACACUGCCUUUUCAGAAAAAAAGGCAGUUUAUAUAUUGGUGUCCAGAAAACCUCUAGUGGCAGUCACUGGCUUUCAGCGUCUCCACGCUCUUCAUGGGGCGCUUAAUAUUUCCUAUAGAGAUUCAUUGAUUGAAAACAACCCUUUUUAGGUAAAGAAUUCUACAUUCUUCUUGUUCUUACUACGAGGAACUCUUUCCUCUGCAGUAAGUCAUCCAACUUGUAAAGUUUCCAUUAACCACUCAUAUCUGUGAUAUAUAUUUAAUUAAACCAGUGAUCAUUUCAAGAACGAUUGUUUUCAUCUAAACCACUUCCUUUCAAUUUGUACAAUAACAUGUGCUGAACCUUAUAAAAUGCCUUUGUAAAAUCCAAAUAGAUCAUUGACUAAGAUACAGUUCUAUAGUUCUACUCACUGUUUUUCUGUUUUAUAAUCUUGAGUAUUUAUUUUAUAAGUAUAUAAUUACUGUUAAUAAUACAAUUAUUGUUUGUUAUCUUAGGCUUCAGAGUUUUGGAAGUUGCUGUAUUGCUUAUUGCAGCAAACAUACCAAAGGAAUAAUUGUUCUUCAUUAGCAAAUGAAAAUAAGGGUUUGGGUAAGUAAAAAAAACAAGUCACCUUAAAAGUUAUGUGUCAUUGUACCUAAUCCUUAAAAAUGCAUUUUGUGUUAAAUCUGUCUUUAUUAAGGUGUGUGUGUGUGUGUGUGUAUAUAUAUUUAUUUUUAAUUAUUCCCUUUCAGUUAUCACUUUUGAAUCAGCGUAUUGGAGAGCUAACAGAGUGAGAGCAAUUAUAGAAAGCGAGUAUGCUUAUUAUUUGCAAAAUUAUAGAUAUAAAAUGAGGUGCAGUGCGUGUUAUAAUAUGGCUGGUGAAGCAGUAUUGAAACGUCUCUUCUGGCUAGUCAUGCUAAUAUGACUUUGCUGGUGACAUGAGAUACUAUGUGGUAGCAACCUAUCUGUUCUGGAAAUGACUGCGUUUAAGGCAGCGUGAAACGCAAAUUAAACUAGAUUUUCCACUUCCGUAAAGCUGUAUAUUAUAAGUGUCUGUCCGUCUGUGAGUCGUUCAGACUGGGCUAUAUUCCCUCGUUCAGUGUUAACUGUUAGCGUAACCCAUGGCCUGCCUGGCCUGCUCUCGGCUAUGUGACAUGUUAAUUCAAUAACUGCCCCCGUAGGGUGCAUAAUCACCUGCGCCUCAGCAUACAUGUCAAUAAUCUAGGCAUAAGGGUUGGUUUACGGCUACAUAACAUGUUAACUUAGUUGGAUGCUGACGAGCAGAUCCUGCAGUGAUUAUAGAAACAUAGUUGAGUCGUUGCUGCAAUGUCCAAUGCCCAUCAAUCAGUGAUAUAUUGUAUGUAAACUGUAGGUUAUUAUGCAAUACAUGCAGAGGAAUAUGUAACCCGACUAAUGCAUUUUUAGAAGAAGUGAUCAUCCUACAAUGCGCAGUCUGAUGUGGACUGUAGCUAACGAUGCAAUACUGGUAAGAGCUUUAUCAGUAUGGGAGCAGGGCUGCUGUUAAUGAGUCCGAUGAGGGCCUCCCAUGGCACUCACUUUUCCUGCGGGCCGGCAUUCAUCGUGGGGUGCCAUCAGACGCCCAGCAGUGCCAGGUUCUGCUCGGGCCGUCCAGGUCGGCUCCUCGUGGUGGGUAGUCUCCGUAGGUACCCCUACUCUGAACUUUCAAAGGUGUCUUUGAGGAGAGGCCAUGUUGGCAGUGGGGCGCAGCCACAUCAGAUCUCCAAUCUCCUUAGCCUCUGUGUUGGCUUGAAUCACCUCGGUCCCUGCCAUGGUGCUUUCUCAUGAAAGUGUAUCUUCUCCUCAGUAUUAGUAUCCAUUUCAGCUGGCUGGCUGGCUGUCCAUUACACAGCUAUCGCCAGUUUAGGCAGUCGGCAUAGAGCUCACGCCCCUAAAAAUGCAUUUUGUUACAAAAUUAAGCUCAAAUCACCUUCCCUGACUGGCUCUAUUAGCUGCGUGGGGAAUGGAAUUUUUCUGUUGAGUGCAGCAACAUCUCAUUGCUCUUUUUACACUUGCAGUAUUUCAUGUACUGCCUCCAAGCCACAUUAGAUAUAUUAAAUGACAUCCUGGAUUUCUGACUGAAUACUAGAGACCAUAGUGGUAGGGGGAAAGAUCAUUUUAGUUUUGGUGUUGGCAUGAAUACUCUCAUAUAGGUUCUUUGAAAACAAGAAUGUAUUGCUGUGUGUAAUUCUUUUGAUGGUUUGGCACAGGAGUAGUACAUCUUUGGCACUCCAGAUCCCAUGGACUACAUCUCCCCUGGUGUUUUGCAAGCAUUAUGUGAGAUGUAGUCUACAACAUCUGGAGUGUAUAAGAUUGUCUACCCCUGACUUAUAUAUGGUGUGAUCCUUGUCUGCAGGUAGCACGGUCCUCUAGGGUAAACAGGCACAGUCCUUUGGUGUGCAUAUAAUCCAUGCAGUUGUAUUGAUAAACUCCACCACAGCUACAGCAGCAAAUAAAAGAAACAACAAUAAUAACACAAAUCCCUAUAAACAAAAGCCUAGCUCGUCUGAGCACUAACAUACAUCAGACUCCCUCUCUCUCAGGGUUUAAACUAGAACAAAAUAAUAUUUGUGUUCACCAACCUAGUGCCUUUGUCAGAUCUCUGCACUCCACACUCAGUUAGCAUGUGGCUUCCAUUCCUUCUAGAAAUAAACAAAAAUAUCUCUCUUUUCCGCACUCCCAGUGCUCCAAGCCAGCCUUGACUGCUUUCCUUUUGCACUCCCAGUGCUCAGUCUCCUUGACUCUCUCACUGGAGAGAACAGCCUCUCUCCAACCUGCUUCAGGAGAGGAAGACAGCAAUCCCCCCUUUACCUGCAUAGCAGGGAGGGGUUUAUUCCCACUGCUACAGCUGAUUAUCUGCAGCUGAGCAGUGGGUUGGAGACAGUUCCAAAAAACUCUUGCCUGGACCUGAUUUCUCCCAGUUGUGUAUAAACUGAGGAGUGGAGCAUUGGCCCACCCUGCUCUCCAAAUGCUCCACCCCAGGGGCCCAUAACUAAACGGUGGUUUGUGUUGCCUACAACACAUACUACACAUACUCCCCCUGGGGUUAAAUGUUAUAGGCCUAUCUGCCUUCACUUUAUCACAAUGGAUACCAUCUGUCUUCAGCAGCAAAUUUAUCUAUCUUUUUAUAACUAGGUUAGUUACAUUUUUAGACUUUUGUCAAAGAAUGGUUUGGGAUUGUUUUAAAUAUUUUAAAUAAAGUGUUAUAUAUAUAUGUGUGUUUAUUUUAUAUAAAAAAAUUAUUUUGGAUAUGAUCUACGUAUUCCAUAUGAAUAUGAUGGACAGUGUUUUAUGAGAUAGUCAGACCCUAUACACAGAAUGAGAUGCUCCUGUCGGAGGUGGUUGCCUGAUAUACUGACUCUUGCUGCUCAGAAUUAUUCAUUUUAAAGUUAAAGGAAUUAAAACUGAAGACUAUUUCCUACCCCAUUGCUUCCCUUUUUUUUUCUUUUUCAUUUUAUUGUUCUAGUUGAUGCAAAUGAAAACCUAUUUUUUUCAUCUUUCUUUGCAGAAAAUCAAGCAAAAUAUGUGAAAUGUGUACUUAGACAUCAGGGAUAUGGAAGAUCAGCUUUCUACGACCUUCCCUGUGAUGGGUCUGAAGGUAGUAGAGAAUUGCUUCUCGCUUUUUCUUGGCUCCUGAAAAAAUUCAAACUUCUUGAGAAAUUCCUGGAAUUGAUUAGAGUCAGACUGGAUGAUGAGCUGGACAGUUGUGUGGUUUGUAUUUUUAACUUCUGUUGAAUAAUGAUCCUGAUGUGCUUUUGGUGUUUUUAUGUUUUAGUGUGCCUUUGAUUCUGUUUCCCAAGCUAAUUCAACACUUUUUUCUAUUUAGACAAUCCUAGUUUAACAGAAAUCUGUUGGCGCUCUAUUCAGUUCUAAAAUAGUAAAUAACGGUUGGCCAAUGUGUAACUCCUGAAUGAGGGAUAACCCCUAAAAUAUUAAAUACACAAAACAACAAACUAAAUAAGGAGUGAUUAUUGUGAGUAUACAGUGUUACCCUUGUGAACUAAUAACUAUCAAGAUUAGUGAUGUCCCGAACGGUUCGCCGCACGGUUCGACGCGGACGGUGAACAUAAACUUUGACCCUGUACCUCAGUCAGCAGACACAUUCCAGCCAAUCAGCAGCAGACCCUCCCUCCCAGACCCUCUCACCUCCUGGACAGCUCACUAAGAAUGCAGCUUCACAAUGAAUGUAAAAUGGAUGCUGUCCAGGAGGUGGGAGGGUCUGGGAGGGAGGGUCUGCUGCUGAUUGGCUGGAAUGUGUCUGCUGACUGUGAGGUACAGGGUCAAAGUUUAUGUUUAUGUUCGCCGUCCACGGCGAACCGUUCGGGACAUCACUAAUCAAGAUAUAAAUAAAACAUAACUUUUACUUUAAGACAUAGGAUACAAAUCUGGUGGUCAUGAUGAUUAAAAAAAAAAACAACAAAAAAACUAAAAACAGCUUGGACUCUAGACCUGGGUAAUCCCUAAAUCCUGGUCUGUUAGGUUUGCCUUGAGGAGAGGGAUGAUGAGCACUGGAGUAAGGUCAUAUUCUCUGAAUCCAAUUUUCAGCUGUGCCCAACACGGCUAAUGGUUAGACAGAGACCUGCAUGCCACAGUGUCUGGUAUCCACAGUAACAUUUGGUGGAGUAGUGUUGAUUUUGAGGGUGCCUCAUCAAGGCUGAAAUCGUGAAGAUUCAUCUUUGUGAAGGACACAUGAAUCAAGCCACAUAAGGAAGGAAACAUGCUUCCUUUUGCUCUGACAAUGAUUCCCCCAACUCAAAGAGUUGAUUUUUUCAGCACUACAAUGCUCCUUGCCACACAGCCAGGACAAUCAAGGUGUGGAUGGAGGACCACUAAAUCCAGGCUUGAUCUUCAGACAUGAACCCUGUUAAAAACCUCUGGAAUAUGAUCAAGAGGAAGAUCGUUGGCCACAAUAAUAGGUAUUUAAAAGUGAAUAUGUACUCGUUGUGGGGUUUUGUUUUUUGCGUUUUUCAAGGACUGAAAAUCCUUCUUCUUUUUGUUGUAAUUUUAGGCAAAUACAUGCUCAGAAUAAUGUUUAGAUAUGGAAUUUUUGUUAUAAUUGUCAGCAUAAAAAAAAAGAUAAUUUUACUUAAAGGAACACUAUAGUCGACAAAACAACUUUAUCUUGCUGAAGCAGUUUUGGUGUAUAGAUCAUGUCUCUAAAGUCUCACUGUUCAAUCACUUUUGUUAAAUCAAUGUUAUUAGUAUUAAGUUGUUGCAGCCUCCAAUACCUGUGACUCAAGUAGCCUUUAUGGGGAUAAAUAGGUUUAAUUUUCAAUCACAUGUUAACUUACUUGAGACGUUUUUAUCUCUCGCUCUGUAAGUUGAACUUUAAUUACAUACAGGAGACUCCUGCAGGGUCUUGCUAGUUAUUAACAGAGCAGGAGAUUAUAAAUUCUAAAUUAAACCGCAAUUGCAAUAAAGUCACAUUAGAUUAAUCUUUUACAGGAUGUGUUUAGGAAGGCUGUGUAAGUCGUAUGCAGGGAGGUGUCCCCUCCCCAUCCACCGUGAACCUACUGUCCGUAAAUUCUUUUAUCCCAUAAAUAUUGUACAAAUGAGCUUUAGAAGUACCUUUAGUGAUCUUUAUUUUAAUAAUAUUUUCACCUUUGCUUUUUUGCCUUCAGAUUAGAGGCAGUGCAUUACAACAGGGAUUUCUCAGCUAGAGGGAAAAUAAGGCAGGCAAAACCCCCCAAAAUAUUUAGAACCUCCACCAAAUCUCCUUUGGCACUAUAAAGUGCCUUCAACCCCAAAGCUCCCCAGUUCCUUGCCUGCCUCCGGUAGAUGAGGUUGUCAGGCUUACCCCUGUCUUAGCAGAAGCAAGGUGAGGGAGCAGCUCUGGAGGCUCUGCUUCAGGUUCUUCUCCUCAGGAUGGCCAACAGGUGUACUCGCUUCAGGCCCCCGGACUGGUAGAACGCACGCCAGGCGCCUGUGUUCCACCAAUACUUAUAACUUCUGCCAAUACCGCACCGGGUAAGGCGAAGGUGCGUAUGCGUGCACGGGCUGGGAGGUCUUGGCGGUGGAAUGCAAGUACAGGUUCUGAUGCGCUCCACCGUGCAUGA